GUCAAUGUAACGGCGCCGCAGUUUGUAUUUUCCAGAAUUCAAAUUUUUAGGUAUUCGCUGCUGCAGCGCCUUGUUGUGGGUGCGGACCUUGUGAGACGAGAAACACCCGUAUUUUAUAGUGGGAUUUAAGAGGGUCGCCAUCUAGUUCUAGGACGAACCACUGAUUUCGAAAUGGAGGUACAGCCUGAAGGCUCUGCGGACACCUACGACUUCGAUGCUCCUAGCCAUGUCGUCGACUUCAGAUCCUUGCAAGAAGAUGAUGACGCCGACCAGUGGUUUGACACGUCUAACAACCAACAGCUAGUCACCCCCAGAGCUGACCGGACAGCAGCCCUGGGUGACUGUGAACAAUCUCCUGUCCAACAAGGAGACAAAAAUGAGGAGGCAGCAGCUGAGAAAAAUGCCCCCUCAAAUAUUGUGUUGUCAUGGGGCAACGGCAAGCAGCCUGCCGCCCCUCGACCAAAGGCUCAACCACGCAGGGUAUCCAAGCGGCCUGUACCUGAGGUAAAGGCUGCUACCCCACCGGAGAAGAAACAGAGAAUGUCUGAGCGGCCGGCACCAGAGACCAGGGCUACAACUCUUGCUGUGAGGAAACAGAGGAGAAUUAUAGUGACUCCCAAACGAACUUGGCAUCAGAUGAGGAGUUCCCAGACACUGAAUCGAGCUGUGAGGAAAAGCCAGAGGCUCACUCCAAAGCCUGCACCUAAGAAGACCCAGCCUUCUGAAGCUCCUGUCACUUCAACCAAUCAGUUGAAGAGUACUGAGCAGCAGGAGCUGCAGCGCAUUGAAGCUCUCCAGCGGGAGGUGGCGCAGCAGCGACGCAGGAAUGAAGCCAGCUACAAGGCAGCCCUGGCCGGCAGUCAGCCCCCAAAGAAACAAGUGCUGUCAACGACCGUACCAAAGGAAUUCAACUUCCUCUCUGACGCACGGGUCAAGGGAUCCACCUCAGCUGCAGACACUACCUAUGCAGUGUGUGACUUUACCGCCCAACUCCGCAAGCACCCAUCUUCACCUCUGAAGGCAGCACCCAAAGGCACCACUGUUCCUAAGCCGUUUAAUCUCUCUGUCGGUGUCAAACGAAAGCAUUCCGACUCUGCCGCCGCCUACAUGCCUAUGGCCCAGCAGAUCGAGCAAUACCAAAAGCGGACACCAACCCGUUACCACCUGCGUAGUCGCCAAAGUCAAGAGAAAGGCCCGUCACCAAUGAAGACCACCCGACCAAAGGUUACAAACCCGAUGACUCCUCAGCUGAUGACUCGCCAGAGGAAUCGUCCCGCACUGGUGAAGAGCUCUGCUGAGCUCGAGGCAGAAGAGCUGGAGAAGAUUCAACAGGUCAAGUUCAAAGCUCUCAAGCUGAACCGUAAGAUACUGGAAGCGGCCAUGGUGCCCAAGAAGCCAACGGUGAAGGAGGCCACCCAGCCCGAGGGCUUCCAUCUGGAGAUUGACAAGCGUCUGCAUGAGAGACAGAUGACUAAGAAGACAGAGGAGGAGGAGGCCUUCACCUUCCAUUCCAGACCUCUGCCCACCAGGAUCCUCGAGGAGGUGGUGGGAGUGCCACAGAAGCAGGUGCAAGCCCCAACUGUGCCAGAGUCACCAGCUUUCGCCCUCAAACACCGUGUCCGUGUGGAGCCCAAAGUUGAAGAGGUCAAGCCAGCUCCCAUCAAGGCUGCACCUGUUCCCCACUUCAUCCCUUUCCAGCCCAAACUUCCAGCGAAAACUGCUGUGGAGCUGUGCCCCUUCUCUUUUGAGGAGCGCGAGCGUGAAAGGAAGGCAAUGAAGGACAGAAGAAUGGAAGAACUUAAGAAGGAAGAGGUGCCUGAGUUCAAGGCCAAGCCUCUUCCAGACUUCAGUGAGGUCAGCCUCCCUGAAAAGAAGCCAGUUCACCUCACCAGACCCGAACCUUUCAGGCUACAGAUUGACGAGAGAGGCGCUCAGAAGAAUCAGCGUUGGGAGAGAAUGUUGAAGGAGGAGCAGAAGCAACAGGCAGAAGCUGUCAAUUUUAAGGCACGGCCAAACACUGUUACACACAAGGAGCCAUUCGUUGUCAAAAAGGAGAACAGAAGUAUACUUGAUCAUACCGGUGAUUCUAUAGCUUCUGAGGGCUUCCAGCUGACGACGGAGCGUCGAGCCAAAGAGCGUCAGGAAUAUGAGCGGGAGAAGAGCGAGCGGGAGGCGCUCAGGGCUCUGCAGGAGCAGCAGAUGUUGCAGGAACAGGAGGAGCAGCAGCGGGAGGAAAUGGCACGUCUACGCAAGGAUCUGGUUCACAAGGCCCAGCCAGUGAGGCACUACAGGCCAGUGGAGGUGAAGAAGUCUGAAAUGCCACUCACACUUCCUCAAUCCCCGAAUUUUUCAGACCGAUUCCGGAUGUGAACUCUGACUGCCACUUUUUUUUACAUUUUUAUUUUGUCUUAACUAAUUUUUGAACACUUUGUAUAUAUUUUCUCUGCCUUUUUAACUCUUAAGCUUUUUGUGAAUUUUACUGACUAUGACUAAUGACUGCUUUUCAUUUGAAAGCUGUCAUUUUCCAGUGAAGCAGUGUGGGUAGCCUCUUAAUUUUAUUCAACAAUAAACGUCUGUUCAGAGAC